CUUCAGAGUGACUCUUUGAUCCCAUUGCUCUCCUGCAGAAAGAGGAAGGAAAUAAAAUGCUCUGCUCCAGUCCAUUCCACCACCACUACGCCGUCCGGCGCGCUGGGCGACUAGUUUAAUCCUCCCCCGGCCGCGCCGCGCUGUGCGCUACUGGAAAGAUGGCCCUGUGGCCCGUGGGGGCUCCCCACCUCCUUGCGCCAUGAAUGAUGAUGACGAUGAUGAUGCGCCUUUUCUUCUUUCUGCUCUUCUUCCGUCGGCCACUUCCUCUUCCAUGCUCUGCUGGUCUCUCUCCCUUCUACUUCUUGCUGCGUUUCCAGAGGCUGCCCGGUGUUGUUCUUGGCUAGGACGCGGCGGCGAUGGCGAAGGAGACCGAGUACUACGACGCGCUCGGCGUCUCCCCCGCCGCCUCCUCCGACGAGAUCCGCAAGGCCUACUACGUCAAGGCGAGGCAGGUGCAUCCUGACAAGAACCCCAACGACCCCCAAGCGGCCGACAAGUUCCAGGCUCUUGGAGAAGCCUACCAGGUCCUGAGUGACCCUCUGCAGAGGAAGGCCUACGAUGGCUAUGGCAAGAAUAGCAUAUCCAGAGACAACAUUCUGGAUGGUGCUGUCGUGUUCACCCUUCUAUUCGGGAGCGAACUGUUCGAGGACUACAUUGGCCAUCUUGCAAUGGCAACAAUGGCUUCCUCUGAGAUGGCAAACGGCGACAGCGACAACCCCGAGAAGCUUCAGGACAGGCUCAAGGGUGUGCAAAGGGAACGAGAAGAGAAGCUAGCUAGAUUCCUUAAGGAUUUCCUGUCGCAAUAUGUUCGUGGCGACACGGAAGGAUUCACUCGUCGGGCCGAAUCUGAGGCAAAGAGGCUUUCUAGCACUUCAUCUGGACUAGAUAUUCUUCGAACCAUCGGAUACGUAUACUCCCGACAAGCUGCAAAGGAGCUUGGAAAGAAGGCCAUGUACCUGGGAGUUCCAUUCCUGACAGAGUGGGUGAGGAACAAGGGCCACCUUUGGAGGUCACAGAUCACAGCAGCGAAAGGAGCCCUGCAGCUUCUGCAGCUGCAGGAGGAGGCCUGCAGGCAGAGUGCCAAGGAUGGCUGUGCUGCCACCGAGAGGGAUGUUGACUUGCAGAUGAGGAUGAACAAGGACCUGAUGAUGAGUUCAAUAUGGAAGCUAAAUGUUGUGGAUAUUGAAGUGACCCUCCUACAUGUUUGUGAAAUGGUGCUGCAUGAAAAUAACGUCAAGAAAGAGGAUCUCAAGGCCCGUGCAAUGGCCUUAAAAAACCUUGGAAAAGCAUUUCAGAGGGACAAGGAGGCAUUACCAGGGCCAUCAAAACAAACCGUUCUUGAUGAUGACAGCAGCUCAGAUGAAAGUUCGGAUGAGGAAGUCUCACGGACAGUGACAUUUCGAACUCCUGCAGUUACUCAGGGAAUUGGCAGGUUAUUCAGGUGCCUAUGCAACCCAGCGUAUGAUGUUGACGAUGACUUUGAACCCCGAAAAUGAGUUGCGAAGACACAGCGCAAGUAUGAAACCGUUUCAAACAUCUCUUGAGUUUUUGCCAGAUACAUUCUUCGGAAUAGUUGGGAUAAUGCUGCACCAUCAUCCUUUAAUUAUCUGAGGAUAUACAUGUAUAUUGCUGCUUCAGCACUGGUGAUUCAAACUUUAGAUCCCCCAUUUUGACUCUCCCGUGAACAGUAGUUUCUAAAUUUUUUUCUUUUAAAAAAUAGAUCAUAUCGGAUUGUGCCGUGUUUGCUCUAAUUGUUUGGUUUUGGUGUUUCUGAAAAGCAAAUACAAAGAAGUCAAUGUGGAAGUCCAUUUUCUGAUUCCGAAAUAGUAUGGGAAGUUUCUGACAGGAACAGAAAACCAUUGUUUGAUCGUACACUGUAUUGCACCUGCAAGGAUGUUAUGAUUUAACACUUGAUUCGUACAA